CCCACCAAUCAGCUCUGCGCGUCUGGGUGAGCCUUGCCCUUGGGCCGCACUCGCGCCGCGGCUCGAGCCGUGCGGCCUCCUUCCGCGGCCACCCCCGCUGCAGCCUCCUUCCCCACCUCCUGCGGCGGGAGCACGUCGACGCGGGCCGAGGGGCGGCGGCGGCGGCGAGAUGGAGCUCGGAGCCGGCGGCCACGACGCCGUUCGCAAACACGGGGCAGGGCCCGCGAGCCCUCCGCCGCUCGGGGAGCAGGAGCGGAAGCGGGAGCAGGAGAAGCUGUCCGGGGUGGUGAAGAGCGUCCACCGGCGGCUCCGCAAGAAGUACCGGGAAGUGGGAGAUUUUGAUAAGAUCUGGCGAGAACAUUGCGAGGAUGAGGAAACACUUUGUGAAUAUGCUGUUGCAAUGAAAAAUUUGGCAGAUAAUCAUUGGGCGAAAAGUUGUGAAGGUGAAGGACGUAUUGAAUGGUGUUGUAGUAUAUGCAGAGAAUAUUUUCAAAAUGGUGGAAAGAGAAAAGCACUUGAAAAAGAUAAAAAAAGAGCUGUACUUGCCACCAAGACCACUCCAGCCUUAAAUACACAUGAACAGUCUAAACUUGAAGGUCAUGUAACCAACCUCAACUUUACAAAUUCUGAAAUUAUAACUGAGUUGCUACAAACCUCAGGGAAGAUCAGAUUACUUGAUGUUGGCAGCUGCUUUAACCCAUUUAUGAAGUUUGAAGAAUUUCUAACUGUUGGCAUAGACAUUGUACCUGCCGUAGAGAGUGUAUAUAAAUGUGACUUCCUGAACUUGCAGCUUCAGCAGCCACUCCAGCUUGCACAGGAUGCUAUAGAUGCCUUUUUGAAGCAGCUGAAAAACCCUAUUGAUUCUCUUCCUGGAGAACUUUUCCAUGUGGUUGUUUUCUCUCUCCUUCUUUCUUAUUUUCCAUCACCUUACCAGAGAUGGAUUUGCUGCAAGAAAGCCCAUGAACUGUUAAUGUUAAAUGGUUUAUUGCUUAUCAUCACACCUGAUUCCUCCCAUCAGAAUCGUCAUGCUAUGAUGAUGAAAAGCUGGAAGAUUGCUAUAGAGUCCCUGGGCUUUAAACGUUUUAAGUAUUCAAAAUUUUCACAUAUGCAUCUGAUGGCAUUUAGAAAAAUAUCCCUAAAAACUACAAGUGACUUGGUAAGUAGAAACUACCCUGGGAUGUUAUAUAUUCCUCAAGAUUUCAACAGUAUAGAAGAUGAGGACUAUUCUAACACUUCCUGCUAUGUUCGAUCAGACAUAGAAGAUGAACAACUGGCAUAUGGUUUUACAGAGCUCCCUGAUGCUCCAUAUGACUCAGAUUCUGGAGAAAGUCAAGCCAGCUCCAUUCCUUUCUAUGAGCUAGAAGAUCCCAUAUUGCUUUUAAGCUAAUACAUAAACAGAAAACCUUUCAUUCCAGACUCCUAAAUUGCCUACACUAAUCGGAAAUACUAGCAUGAACUCAGUACUUAAAACCUGGUUUGCAAAGGAGAAAUGCAAAGGUUGACAGAGUUUGCUAUUUUUUUCUACUUUUGGAUUUUAAAAUUUAUUCUUAUAUAGAAAUCUUAAAGUUUCAUGCAGAGUGUGACUCUUGUCAUAGCAGAAACCACUAUUACAUUAGCAUUUAGCACUCAGAUAUCAUAGAAAGAUACCUUUUUCCUUAGUAUUAUUGUGAAAAGUGAAGCAUAAUUUGCUAUGUAUUUUUUCAUCCUUUCAAUGUUGACUUUAAACCAUUGCAGUGAGAAACUUUGGGAUAUGUAGAAAACUGUAGAUUGCACUUUGAUGGUUAACCAGUUAAAUGUAUCACAGAAAUAGAUGGAUUUAGCUGUUUUGUGAUGCACUUGUUCUUUUUUCUAACGAAAUUGCUAUCUGUUACAGAAAGCCAUUUUCUUUUCAGUUUUAUCUGGUGAUCCAAUAUUUCCUGAACUUCUUGGAAUUGAUGGUAAUUUUUGUCCUUGUUCUUGCACAUUUGGCAACAUCAGAUACUGGGGGAGAGAGUUCCCCCUAAGUGUGUAUUGUAAUUUGAUUAGCACAGUACAAAAACCACCAUUGCCAAAGUAGAGUUUUCAUAACUUGUUGUUUUGAGCCUUGGUGUUAAAUAUAUUUAACUGUGCAAGUUCACUUUUGUUUUUUUAAAUGUAGAGUUCAUUUACAAAUUAUCCUAUUUAAGUAAGGAACAGUAUAAUACUCAAUAUUGACCUAAAACACCUUUGUGAAAGGGUUUGCACUUGUAAGAGAGCUUAUGUUUUAUCUAGACUAACUUUUCAUAAGGGGUCCUCACCUUUCCACUAAGGAGGUAUACUGCACUACAAGUCUGAAAUUAUAUAGAAAAAAAUUAAAAGUAAUCUCUGCUGGUAGUCUCAUAAAAUGGUUUUGAGCUUUUGGUAUUCUUAUUUCUAUAUAAAUGCUAACUGAAACUUUUCUUUGAAAAUAUAAAUCAUUCAUUGGCUGUGGAAGUUUUCCCUUUCCACAUUGGUAAAUCUUUCUGUGUUUCUGAAUCAGAAGCAAAUGGUUAAGGAGAAAUAUAUGUCCAAACAAGACAAGAUUUAGUUUAAAUAGCUAAGAAUAUUUAGUCUGUGUUGUCUUAUCAGCCAGAAAUUGUCAUGUAAAUUAUCAUUUUUAAGAGUGCCACUGUGUGGAUUUUUUUUCAAGUGGUUUUUACAUUAAAAUUACCUCAUACUGAGGUUUUUGCACUGAAA